GAUGACUGACAGAGCCAGUAGGCCACCCUUCUCCUGAGACCAAGCUUCCUAAAGAGAAGCACAGAGAAAAGAUUCUCAUGGAACGUCUUGGCUCCGCUAUAAACAAAGGGAUCGCAGCUAAUUUCGACAACACCACUGACUUGGAGGUGGUGACAGACAAGAGAAGCGAGCAACGUUAUAUCAAAGUAAGAUUCGGUGACUCAGAAUUUUAUGUUGUGCCAUGGACAGCGUGCUACUCUUGGCGAGCCAUGGAAGCACUUCUAAUGGAGUGGUAUCGCGAAGAUGAAGACACUUUGCGUGACAUCAGUAAUGGCGACAUCACCAUCUUCCAUAGAGUCAACGGCUAUAUCCAUCCCCAAACAUGGGAAGAGGUCAUCGAACAUGGUUCUCAGAUUGACUUUUGGACUCACUCUGCGUAUGACUCAGACAGUUCAGAAGAUUCACAUCCACCAGAAAGCAAAAUGUACGAAAGUAGUGUGCAAUAUGUUGUCAACUUCCGACGAAGCAGGGCCGACGGUGAGGAGUACUUGGUCACAACGAAGACAUACAAAGAACCAGUGGAAUUUGAGGUUGCAGACAACAACGACAGACUACCUGCGUUACAGGAGAUCAAGGAUGUCUUGUCACCACAUCAUCAGGACACGGAAACAACCGGAGAAAUCACCGAUGGCAAGAAGACGAAGCUUGGAACCCAUGAUCGCGUUGUCGAGACAAGUCUGAAGAUUAACUCUCAGUAUCUGCUCAACGUUCUCAAAUCUGUGAUCACGUACACGAGUACUGCACCGGAGAAACGGAUGAAUAAUCUAACCACUGGCCUAUUUUAUCACCCUUACCAAGAUCUCUUCCAUCACCUUCCAGACUUACUCGAAUACAAAAAUGGAAACUCGGCUCUCCGUAACAAGCACACCACCUUUUUCAACGAGAAGUUUGACGAGCAUCUGAACCUCCUGGAUGAUUACCUAAAUUCGAAGUCCGGGGCGCCGACAGCGGAGUUCAAUGCGCGUCUUGAAAGGAAGAUACCCACUGUCACGUUUGCCACGUACUGGUUGCUGCUUAAGCCAGGGACUCAAGUAUAUGUUAGAUACGAUGAUGGAUCCCUCAAUGCAUUUAUAUUACAGAGGGUGGAAGGAGGCCCGUCUGAGCGUGGAGGAGAAAAGACCAACCGGAAUUACAACAUACUUGUAUGGAAUCUGAUGUUUGAUGGAAGAGUCAUGUUGCCUGGCUUCCGCAACCUCGAAAUCAGUGUCUUUGACAAUGAACGAGAUAUCACUAGCCUCAAGGUUUUUCCAGCUCACUUCAUUGAUGACAACGACAAUGGCAAAUUGGAGGAGAGGCUUGUCGAGCGUGGCAAACGCUUCUUCACCUACUGUAAGGCCCCGGCGUUCCUGCAGUAUACAGGCAAGAGCUCAGUGGCGAAGAAUAAGACGUACAAACGUGCUCGUGUCGUCGUCGAACAUGCCUCUAUGCCCUGGACCAAUGAAGCCUUCGAAAAGGUCGACCAUCAUUCCCCUGACACAUACUCAAUUGCAGUUCGCGAGGUGACCCGCGCGGCGCGCUGCGAGUGUAAGGAUUGCCGAACUUCUUUUGACUUACAGGAGAGGUACGAUAAGGAGCCAUUCAGCGAUUACUUCGAUAUCAUACCCAGUGAGACUGAAGUGCUUGAGCGCCAACAAUAUAAAAUCAUGGACUCUCACAUGUAUGCCUUUGUCUUGAAAGAUCGAAUAUACGAUCUACUGGAUGUUGAAGGACUCGAACAAGCGAGCAUGGCUGAAGACGCUAUCAGUAGCCUCGUGAUGGAAGACAAUAACAAGGAGAUGAUUAAGGCCAUUGCUCGAACUUACACCGAUAGUGACCAAUCUUCAAGAUUCAGUGCAGACUUCAUCCAUGGUAAAGGUGAAGGCCAGAUCAUUCUGCUGCAUGGCCCUCCCGGUACUGGGAAGACGCUCACAGCUGAAUCUGUUGCUGAGUACACCAAGCGGCCUUUGCUCAGCAUCACCGCAGCCGAUCUGGGUCACGAACCUGAAGCGUUAGAGACGAGCCUCUUGCGCUACUUCAAGAGGGCUAGCGACUGGGAUGCUAUAGUUCUGCUUGACGAGGCAGAUGUAUACCUUGAGCAGCGUACAACUCAUGAUUUGAAGCGCAACAGUAUUGUGUCCGUGUUUCUACGGGCGUUGGAUUAUUUUCAGGGCAUACUCUUCCUGACCACAAACCGUGUGGGUCACUUCGACGAAGCUUUCAUGUCACGCAUUCAUCUAUCGCUCGGAUAUGAACCGCUCAGCAACAACGCAAGGGAGAAGAUCUGGGACAAUCUGUUCAAGAAGCUACAGCAGGAUCACAAACGUGGCGGACCUGAGAUCACUUAUGAGUAUGACGCCAAGAGGUAUGUCCAAAGUCGCGACGUUCAGGCUUUGGAAUGGAAUGGUAGAGAGAUUCGGAACGCCUUCCAAACCGCCGUGGCGUUGGCUGUGUUUGAUGCCAAGUACAAAGCAAGCGGCAAAGUUCCGGAAGUGACAGAAGCCCACCUCAAGCAGGUUGUUUCGAUGUCUUCAGCGUUCCGGAAAUAUAUGACGGCAACACAUAGCGGUAUGGAUGCCUCGUCCUGGGCGUAUAAGCAUGGUAAUCGCGAAGACAAGUAUCCGGGCACGCUGGCGAAAUGAGAAAUUUCGUGGAGAGUCGGCAGUGCUUUGGCGUACCUACUAGCACAACAGUAGCGCUGGUGAUGGUCAAUUGCUCA